UGCUGAUUGGCUGGAUCUGAUCGCGAACACUGCGCUCCAGUCUGCUGACCGAGUCAUGUGACCUUGGCUCCUUGCUCUACGGCUGCUGCACGUUCUGACGUUUUUGCGACUGUUGCCGUACAGCAGAUACUUCUUGACUCACUUCCGGGUAAUGUGACAGAAAGUGAUAGAGUUCAGUCAGAGGAAACAGCGCGAGAUCUGAGUGAGUGAGCCCAGAGUGAGAGAGAGACCUGAGUGAGAGAGAGACCUGAGUGAGUGAGACCCGAGUGAGUGAGACCCGAGUGAGUGAGACCUGAGUGCGGGGGGGGAGUGAGAUCUGAGUGGGGAGGAGACCCGAGGCGGGGGGUGGGGGGGAGGAGUGAGGACUGAGGGGGGUGCAGGGGAGUGAGACCUGAGUGCAAGGGGAGGAGACUGAGCAGGGGAGUGAGACUGGAGUGCAGGGGAGGAGACUGAGUGCAGGGGAGUGAGACUGGAGUGCAGGGGAGUGAGGACUGAGGGGGGUGCUGGGGAGUGAGGAGGGGGGUGCAGGGGAGGAGACCUGAGUGCUGGGAGUGGAGACCUGAGGCAAGGGGAGUGAGACCGAGUGCAAGGGGAGGAGACCUGAGUGCAAGGGGGAGUGAGACCUGAGCGCAAGGGGGAGUGAGACCUGCUGAGUGCAAGGGGAGUGAGACCGAGUGCAAGGGGAGUGAGACCUGAGUGCAAGGGGGAGGAGACCUGAGUGGGGGGAGGAGGAGACUGAGUGCAGGGGGAGUGAGGACUGAGGGGGGGCGCAGGGGAGUGAGACUGAGUGCAGGGGGGAGGAGACUGAGCGGGGUGCAGAGGGAGUGAGACUGGGUGUCCAGUGAGUGGAGGUAGGGUGAAGUGUCUCUAAUUAUGUUGGAAUGAGAAUUAAAGUCUGGUGAGUGGAGGGAUUUAGGAUAAGUCUGUGAUAUUAGAGAGUAGAAGGAGGAAUCUUGCUUACCCUUUAUUUAGGGAUCAUGUAAGACAAUGUUUGCUUGGUUUUACUUUUUAGGAAGAGACUACAAGCUAGUCUCUCAAGGGAGAUGAGAGGGAGCUCACUGUGUUUGAAAACUGUUUUAAUUUAUUUAUAGGAAAUUUGUGCAGAACAAAGUGAAAGAAUGGAUUUAAGAUAACGAAGUGACAGAGUGCUUUGGCUGGCCUUUAUUCCAGGAUAUGUAACGUCUGCGCUUGUCCCUACACAUUUUAAUGUAACUGGAAUCUUGGUAAUUUGCACAUUGAGCAAAAUCCUACCCCAACAUAAUAUGCAUUUUAAUAUGUUCACAAUUACUACCUACAUUCAUUUUAGGAAAUGCGUUCCUGCGUCUGAUGGAGUGGACAACUGAACUUGUGUUCUGAGUUUUUCUGGAAUACAUAUAUUGACAAAACCUUCUAAACGCCUGUAAUUAACCAUCCAAAUGUGGCUUCAGCAGAGGCUUAAAUAUUUUCCAGGACUUCUCUCAAGCAGCUGGGCACGACGCAUUCUUGCUGUCUUGGGGUUCCUGCUAAUUGUAUACUGGUAUUUCUCCUCUGGAUCCAUAUAUAGAUCCCUAUGGUAUUCAGGACAGCCAAGAGGAGCCUCUGGAACUUGUUUGCAGGUGUACACCAAGCAAUGGAGAACACUGGCAGAGAGAGGCGAUCUGGUAAUGGCAUCUUUUCCUGGAGAAGAGACCAAACUACAAGGCCCUACAAUGGUCGGCAAUGGAUUUAUCCUUGUUGAUAUUGGCAAAAACAAUCUUUGGGUGUCUUCGAUGACCGUACCAUUUCACUUAACUGAUUAUUCUCCUGUGACCUCUAUUAAAAGCUCAGGGGCAUUUACAGAAGUUCAUGCUACUGCAGUUAUACUAAAAGAGGGGUUGAUACGCACUAUUCGAUGUCUUCAACUGGAUUUAUCAGACUCUGCUCGUGAUUGUAUCACUGUUCGCGAGGACCACUUUGCUCAUCGCAAAAGGUCUCAUAUUUAUGUUCAGCGAAUCCACAUCUCAAAUCCAAGUGACAGAGUCACGGCUUUUGACAUCACUACCCAGAAAUCACUAAAUGGAGUUAAAUUCUCCACCAGUGUAGAGAAAGUCCAUGACAGACAAUUACUGCUUUCCUCUGGCAGAGUGUCAGUUGAAGAUGGAAAAAAUGUCCUUGUUGUGGUUGCUUCCAAAAAACUUGUUAGCAGAGUUCAAGUCAGCCCAAAAUCUGAAUUUGAUGAGACGGCCCUGUCUGUUGUUUACACGUCUGAGCCGAUUGACUCUGGGAAGGUGGACGACACAUUCAGUAAGCUCAGAGAAUCUGCCAAGAAAGAUUUGCUGGAGGUUAUGCUAAUGAGAACAGAAGAUUUACUUCUUGAGCAUCAACAGAUUUGGUCUGAUUUGUUUGUAUCAGGUAAUUUAAACAUGUAUAAUUUAUAACAUUUUGUGUUUAAAGGACCACUAUAGUGCCAGAAAAACAUACUCGUUUACCUGGCACUAUAGUGCCCUGAGCGUGCCCCCACCCUCAGGGUCCCCCUUCUGCCGGGCUCUGGGGAGAGGAAAGGGUUAAAUCUUACCUUUUUCCAGCGCCGGGCGGGGAGCUCUCCUCCGCCUCCGAUCCUCCUCUCCGGCUGAACGCGCAUGCACGGCAGGAGCUGCGCGCGCGCGCGCGCAUUCAGCCUGUCUCAUAGGAAAGCAUUCAUAAUGCUUUCCUGUGGACGCUUGCAUCUUCUCACUGUUAUUUUCACAGUGAGAAGCACGCAAACGCCUCUAGCGGCUGUCAAUGAGACAGCCACUAGAGGCUUUAGAGGCUGGAUUAACCCAUUUAUAAACAUAGCAGUUUCUCUGAAACUGCUAUGUUUAUAAAAAAAGAAAAGGGUUAAUCCUAGAGGGACCUGGCACUGGUCUGGGUGCCUAGAGUGGUCCUUUAACAUAUCCAAUGUAAUGUGAAAAUAUUUAGAGUAUUUUCACAAUGCUGACCCUGAAGAAUUAAUUUCAGCAAGAAUGUUUUUUUACUAUAGCUUUGCUGAUCAUGUUACACGAUUAUUGGUGUUUAUCUAAAUGCAUCUAUUCACAAACCAAAAACACACAGAGAGACAAAGUAUAUCAAAUAGCUAGAUGCAAACUAUACAAACACUCCCUAAAAUGUUACAAGUAUCCAAAUAUCUAUGUAAUAUAGAAUGCACACUAUAACCACUACGAAUAGUCAAAAGUAUAACUUUAUUCUGUACAAAAAGUACUACAGUGAAAAAAAAUAAAGAAAAAAUAUAAAUAAACACAAUGACAGAAACAAGGGCAAAUACAAUAAUGCAAUCCUACAAAGUCAAGAAACCAGCCUUAGGACAGAGACACGAGUCACCAACCGGCUGCCUUUAUCAAGGGUACCCUUGAUAAAGGCAGCCGGUUGGUGCCGAAAUGUUGGGGGUUUGGUGACUCGUGUCAAUUCUUUUGACUUUGUAGGAUUGCAUUAUUGUAUUUGCCCUUGUUUCUGUCAUUGUGUUUAUAUUUUUUCGGUAUUUUUGUCACUGUAGUACUUUUUGUACAGAUUAAAGUUAUACUUUUGACUAUUCGAAGUGGUUAUAGUGUGCAUUCUAUAUUACAUAGAUAUCUAAAUGCAUCUAUUAACAUUUCCAUCUGUUAUGUAUGUGUAUAUGCAUAUUUAUAUAUACACAUACACAGUUGUAAUCAAAAUUAUUCAAACCCCAUUAAAAAUCAGGUUUAUUUUUAAAAUUUGCAGACUUUCAGCUGCAAUGAACAAAUCAAACAAACACAAUUGAAAUAUCUCAGCACAACAAAUUCUUAAAGCGGUUUCUCCAAAUUUAAUUGAAAAUGCAACUUACAAUGACUUCUGUUUAACCAAAAUUUUUUAUUAAUUACAAUUUGCGGGACCUGCCUGAUAACCCAGGUAGAAAGUCCAGAUAAUUUAAUUUGCUAGCACUAUAUUUAGCCCUGUAACUUUCCAAGACAAACCUGUACUUGAGGGGUACUGUUUUACUCGGGAGACUUCGCUGAACACAAAUAUUAGUGUUUCAAAACCGUAAAAUGUAUUACAACGAUGAUAUCAGGGAAAGUAACUUUAUUUUUGCAUUUUUCACAUACAAACGACACUUACACUGAUGAUAUUGUUGUGAUACGUUUUCCGGUUUUGAAACACUAAUAUUUGUGUUCAGCAAAUUCUCCCGAGUAACAGUACCCCCCGUGUACAGUUUUUAUGGUGUUUUCAAAAGUUAGUCAAAUAUAAGGCUUGUGUUUCAUUUUUUUUCACAUUGAAAUUCGCCAGAUUGGUUAUGUUGCCUUUGAGACCGUAUGGUAACCCAGGAUUGAGAAUAACCCUAAUGAUGGCAUACAAUUUGCAAUAGUAGACAACCCAAGGUAUUGCAAAUGGGGUAUGUCCAGUCUAUUUUAGUAGCCACUCAGUCACAAACACUGACCAAAAUUGGCAUUCAAAUUAGUUUUUUGCAUUUUUCACACACAAACCAAUAUUAAAGGAACACUAUAGUCACCUAAAUUACUUUAGCUAAAUAAAGCAGUUUUAGUGUAUAGAUCAUUCCCCUGCAAUUUCACUGCUCAAUUCACUGUGAUUUAGGAGUUAAAUCACUUUGUUUCUGUUUAUGCAGCCCUAGCCACACCUCCCCUGGCUAUGAUUGACAGAGCCUGCAUGAAAAUAAAACUGGUUUCACUUUCAAACAGAUGUAAUUUACCUUAAAUAAUUGUAUCUCAAUCUCUGAAUUGAACUUUAACCCCCUUAAGGACCAAACUUCUGGAAUGAAAGGGAAUCAUGACAAGUCAUGUGUCCCUAAGGGGUUAAUCACAUACAGGAGGCUCUUGCAGGGUCUAGCAAGCUAUUAACAUAGCAGGGGAUAAGAAAAUCUUAAACAGAACUUGCAAUAAAGAAAGCCUAAAUAGGGCUCUCUUUACAGGAAGUGUUUAUGAAAGGCUGUGCAAGUCACAUGCAGGGAGGUGUGACUAGGGUUCAUAAACAAAGGGAUUUAACUCCUAAAUGGCAGAGGAUUGAGCAGUGAGACUGCAGGGGCAUGUUCUAUACACCAAAACUGCUUCAUUAAGCUAAAGUUGUUCAGGUGACUAUAGUGUCCCUUUAACGCUAAAUUUGGCCAGUGUUUGUGACUAAGUGGCUUCUAAAAAAGACUGGACAUACCCCAUUUGCAAUACCUUGGGUUGUCUACUAUUGCAAACGGUAUGCCAUCAUGGGGGUAAUUUUCAUUCCUGGGCUACCAUAUGGACUCAAACGUAACCAAUCGGGCGAAAUUCAAUGUGAAAAAACAGAAAUUUUUUACAUGCUAUUUUUGACCCUGUAACUUCCCAAAGCACCAUAAAAACUGUACAUAGAGGGUACUGUUUUACAUGUGAGACGUCGCUGUAUACAAAUGUGUGUAUUUUAUUGCAGUAAAAGCAAACAGUAUUAUGACAUUCACAGUUAAAAUGUAAUGCAGAACCCUGAAUAAAAUGAUAUAUAAUAAGUGUGCAUGCACUUUAAUAUGAAAGAGGUGAAUUACGGUUGAACAGACAAAUAGUCAAAUUCCAGGUUUUGUUUACCUUUUUAUUUUGAUCAAAACGUGUACAUUUGACUCAGUCCUUAAGGGGUUAAUAAUUCACUUUUUUAUUGUUGUUGUAAGAGUAAACUGCUUUUGAGGCUGCAAUCACUGUUCCCUCUGCAUUUCCACAAGUACGUGUAUUUUGUAGUAAAUAUAUUUGUGGUAUAUACAUGCUCAACAAAUCUACUGAACAGGCACUGUAUCAACCCAGUGUACACUGGAUACUUUUUUUUUUUUUUUUUUUAUCAUCAUGAUAAAUUUAUGUUGUGGGAGAAAGAAUACUGAUUUCUCUUUGGAUGUUGUACUGAGCUGUUUAAAGGACCACUGCAGUGCCAGGAAAGCAAACUCGUUUUCCUGGCAGUAUGGGGUUAUUAGGCCCCCUUCCUGCUGGGCUGAAGGGGUUGAAACCCCUUCAGCCACUUACCUUAAUCCAGCGCCGGGCUCCUUCGGCACUGGUGACAUCUCCUCCUCUUCUGACGUCAGCUCCCGAGUGGAGCCGAAUACGCACUAAUUCCAACCGCCUAUAGGAAAGCAUUACUCAAUGCGUGCUCAAUGCAAAUUUAUUAAUUUUUUUUUUUUUUUUUAAUUAAGCGUCGCGGAAGCGCCUCUAGCGGCUGUCAGGAAGACAGCCACUAGAGGCCAGAUUAACCCUGCAAUGUAGACAUAGCAGUUUCUCUGAAACUGCUAUGUUUACAGCUGCAGGGUUAAAAUCUGGGGGAUCUGGCACCCAGACCACUUCGUAUACUAUUGUGAUGUACCGUAUAUACUUGAGUAUAAGACGAGUUUUUUGGCACAUUUUUUGUGCUGAAAAAGCACCACUUGUCUUAUACUCGAGUCAGUGUCUGUAUUAUGGCAACUUACAUUGCCAAAAUACAGACCAGGACUGCCGGGCUCAUUACAAGCCCGGCGGUCCUGUUGGGGGCUGGGAGCAAGCUGUUACUUACCUUUGUAGCAGCUCCCUUCACCUCCGUUCAGCUCCAGUGUAAAUCUCACGAGAGUCGCGGCCGUCAGAGCGUUGCCACGGGUUUCCGCGGCACGCAGACCUGCGAGAUUUACACUGGAGCUGAACGGCACGGAGGAGAAGGGAGCUGCUGUAAAGGUAAGUAACAGCUUUCUCCCAGCCCCCCUCCUGCACAGCCCAUCCACUGGACCACCAGGGAAUAAUAUAGCCCCCCUCCCUGUAUCAAGCAGGGAGGAGGGACGAAAAAAAUAAACUAAAAAUGUAAAUAAUAUUGUAAUAAAAUAAAAAUUUAAUAAUAUAAAAAAAAAAAAAAUAAAUAAUAAAAAUGCCCUCCCCCACCAAGGUUACACACUGCAUCACAUACACACAAACACACUCUGCAUCCAUUAUAUACACACACUGUAAAUAAAUAUUCAAUUAAUAUAAUUUUUGGGGGAUCUAAUUUUAUUUAGAAAUUUACCAGUAGCUGCUGCAUUUCCCACCCUAGGCUUAUACUCGAAUCAAUAAGUUUUCCCAUUUUUGGGGGGUAAAAUUAGGGGCCUCGACCUAUAUUCGGGUCGACAUAUACGGUAUAUUAAAUUCUGGUACCAAUUUCUACGUAGUGUACAAACUGCAGAGUGUUUUUGUUGCCUUUGAGUGAUUAUCUAUAGUUAUAGAAUGAUUGGUUGGUUGGGUCAGAAUUUGGAGGAAUAUUAUUAAGGUCUUCUCUCCAAAGAGAUCCUAUGUUUGCAGCUUAUUGCAUUGUUUUUGAUCUAGAGAUUUCUGUAGCUGUAUUUCCAGAUACUUGAUAUUUUUUGAGUGAACCAGUAAAUAGCUGUUUGUAAAAGGGACCCUGGUAACAGUGAUCUAGGGAAAGGAUAAUUUAAACAAGCCUUUUCCAGUCCAGUCUGGUAGGUUUUGACUAGCAGGGUUCAGAAAGCUAUUGAAAUCCAGGUUUACUAAAAACAUAAAUCCUUAGUUUGCCACUAUAGUCACUAGAACAACUACAGCUCAUUGUAUUUGUUCUGCUGAGUAGAAUCAUUACCGUCAGGCUGUUUGCUGUACACACUGUUCGUUUCAGAGAAAAUGCAGUGUUUACAUUACAGCCUAGUGAUAACGUCACUGGCCACUCCUCAGAUGGCUGCUAGAGGUGCUUCCUGAGGCAGUGCUGCACAGUGUGACUGACAUUCAGUAUCUCCACCCUCUGCAUGCAAACACUGAACUUUCCUCAUAGAGAUGCAUUGAUUCAAAGUGAGGAGAUGCUGAUUAACCCGACCAGUGUUUGACCCUGCCCCCAUCCUGUGAUCUCAGCCAAUUAUCAAUUCUGCUGAUGUCGGCAAGAGGUGGAUAGGAGGCAGGGCUGGAAAGGUAAGUUUUUAACCCUUUCUUAGGGGCAAGCCACAUUAACUGUGUUUUUAACCUAAUUCCAUCAUGAAUACAUGUUUGUGUUUCUGACCCUAUAGUGUUCCUAUAAACAGAAAAAAGGUGGCUUGAUAAUUAGUAUUUUUGUGAAGAAAUGUAUACUGUUUUAUUACUUGUAUCUUUAACACAGUGGAGAAAUGGGUCAGUGUGCCUUCCCCUAUAUUUUCAUUGUUCUCUCUCCUGUCCAUUCUUUAGGGAUUGAAAUGAAAAAGAUUAAGGAUUUUCAUACUCCAUCGAGUAACACAAUCAAUACUACUCUCUACUAUGUGCUGUCCUGUUCUCCAGCACCCAUGGUGGAUCCACAUCUAAACAAUGAAGAGCGGGAUAAGAUGGAAGCCACGCUGAAUUAUGCAGACCAUUGUUUUACUGGACAUGCUACCAUGCACGCAGAGAACUUGUGGCCUAGCCAUUUGAGCAGCAUUGCCCAACUGGUGCAGCUCUUUGACUUAUGGAAACUGACGUUACAGAAACGAGGGUGCAAAAGCCUUGUGUUAGCUGGUGCACAUGGACUCAUGCAAGGCAUGAUGCUGAGCUUCGGAGGCCUUCAGUUCACAGAAAACCACCUGCAGUUCCAGUCCGAUCCACACGUCCUUCACAACAGCUACUCUCUACGUGGAAUCCAUUAUAACAAAGACCUUAUCAACCUAGCUGUCAAACUGGAUCAGGAUGAGAAGCCUUAUCUCCACGUGUCUGUAAAGUUCCAAGACAAGCUGGUGAAACUCUAUGCUUGUGAAGCUGGCUGUUUACAUGAGCCUGUGGAACUGACCUCCGAAAUCCGAGGACACACCUUCCCAGUACUGGUAACCCAGCCACUCACACCUCUGCUGUAUAUCUCCACUGACUUGACGCAUUUGCAGGAUUUGCAACACACUCUUCACUUGAAAGAAAUCUUGGCCCAUGAAGAACACAUGGCCAAACAAUAUCCAGGGCUGCCCUUUUUGUUUUGGUUUAGCGUGGCCUCUCUGAUCACACUCUUCCACUUGUUUUUGUUUAAACUAAUCUACAAUGAGUACUGCGGCCCUGGUGCCAAGCCACUUUUCAGGAGUAAGGUAUAAUAACAUGCUAUAGUUUUUGGCUUUGCACUCCCUGUAACUGAUCGGUGCCAAUGAUGAAAUAGUGCACCAACCUUGUUUGGUGUGUGCAUGUGGUGGUGGGUUUUCAGUUUCCACAGAAUAUAAGCAUUGAGAAUGAUCUGAAUCUUGCUGCGGCUUUCCAUGUUCAGGAAUAAAGUUGGCAAGAUCUGUUUUUAAGACCUUUGAUCUCAAACACCUUUUUAAAGGCCACUUUUUGAUGAGCUUGAGAAGCUGUUAAUGUGAACUGCUUAGUGUUUCUCUAGCUUUACCUCUACCUAAAGGGCUGUGCCUGGUGUACAUUGAGAAACAUCGUAGAAAUUUAGUUCUGCAAGCAGCUGUUACCUGUUGUCAUUCCCUGAAGUAGAUAGACUAACAAAAAUGAAAUAUUCUUUUGCUGACGCUGCAGUAAUGAUUGGAGCUCCCCUCAAUAUGACACUUCUGGGGUAAAUCGUUAUAAUUGGAGCAAUCCUUUAGAAUGUUACAUUUGAUUCUCUGGUGAUUGAUCCAUUUGUAGCAGUUUUACACCAGCUGUGCUAUUUAUGACUAGACCUGGCUGGAAGAAGAAAACAAUCUGGAAUUUUAAAAAUGCUGUAUUCUGGGGAAAAUACAGCUGGUGUUUUAAACAUAUUUGUAUUUUUUUCUUAGCUUUUCUGAAAUGUCUUUCUGUCCUUUUUUAUGACCUAAUGUGUUUGGCCCAGCUGUUGACACUUAGAUUAGCAGUAAGUAAGCCAGGUAUAUCGGCAAUUUGAUUGGCGUAGGAUCGGGGGAGUAUACACAAAUAGACUUCAAUUCAGCGAGGCAAUGAUGGCCUUCGGAUGGUUGUGAUGUCAUUCUGUCACGUUUAUUGUUAAACACUUUAAAUAACAGCUCAGUAUAUUUCCACACGGUUUUCAUUAAAAUGAAAUUGGCGGUCGUUUUUCUGAAACUGGCUUUAUUCCCUGUUGUGUAUUUUUUUUUUCUCCCUCUCCCUCCCCCCCUUUAGGGGCAGGGGGGGUUAUUACAUCUCUCGAGACCUGUUUUAAUAUAGAUUGAGACACAGUAAGCUGUUUAUUUCCAGUCAACAUACUUUAUUGCGCUUCUCAAUGAAUAAUCAAAAAGUGAUGGUAAAUAUGUAAAUUAUAACAAAUGUAUGUGACUGGGAGAUGAAUGAACUGACUAAUAGUCUUCAUCUCUGCCUCUUGUCAACACCCCUAAACUAUUCCAGCAGUGGGAUAAUGCUGUUUACGUACAGACUUACUCUGCUUUUCUGUGGAAACUUUUGGUUUUUCAAAAACACCUUUUAAUCAAUCUCUAUCUUUCCUAGAAUGUAUCAUUGGUUAUGUCAGCAUGUUACUGCGCCCAGUUAAAAAUCAAUGCGUUUCUUAGCAUGAAGCCAUGUUGAGGUAUUUUCUGUUAAAGAGUAUUGAUUUGCUUUCUCACUAGGAAGAUAACGAGCUGCCCUCAAAUAAAACAAAAUACACCUUGUGAUAGGUGAGUAAGACAAAGUGAGGCCCAGGUAAGAAUUACAGGUAAACCCCUCUGCCUUCCUCUAGCGAAACCACCAACCAGUGUGUAAAGUAGAUGUUAUUUGUACACACACUCUAGUUUUUGGUUACUCUACUCUCAGAGAGCUACAUUCUUGCACAUUGUCUGAGCUGACAUUAUUUAUGCUGUUGGUUUAAGGAACAUGCUGAACACCAUAACUAUUACAGCUUGAAUGGUUUGACUUCGACUGCUCCAUCGUCUCCACUACCACAGAGCCAGAUGUUCCUAAGCAGGAGCUGCCGCUAGCUUUAGCGAUCAGCUCACUUUCUGUCAAUGUGGCGCUCAAAGCACUAUAACGUAUUGGUUUUGUUGCCAAAAGGCUAUUAACAAUGCACUCACCUCCCCUCACCUAUUGCCUUUCUUCAGCUGCUUAGGAGGUAACACCACAUUUACAUUAGUUUUUGCAGCAUUGUCAUCAAAUUAGGCAGAUCACAUCUCUGAUGUUUGUGUGCACCGCCCAAUUUACACAAACUUGGGCUAAUUCAUAAGCAACACGAACUGGUUUUCUCAUACCUGUUAAACCGGGUAUCAUUCCCAGUGAUGAUUUUACAUGUUCUAUAUAAAGUUCUGUGCACAAUUAGUUACGUCUGUUUAUCUCACAGAAUCUGUGCUCUUCCCUACUGUAACACUCAGAGGGAUAGAACAUUAUGUUGUUCCUGUGAAAAUGAUUUAUUUAUAACCUUUUUACUUUCUUCAGUCUGUAAUUCUUUCUUUGAUGCAAUAUUUGCUUAUUUUUUUGAUUUUUUUUUAUAGUAAACUGUAACAAGUGCUUUUUAUAUUUACAUCGUAUCCAACUGCUGUGCUGGAGAUCUGCAUUAGGAGUAAAAACCAUUGAUCUGUUUUUAGAUCACACUCCCAAUCUGUGGCUUGCAGAGAAUCAAGUGAAUUGGAGGGGGGAAACACGCUAGAUUGACCUGAUCUACAUACACUGUAAAUGGUUUUAGCUGACAAGUGGGCAAGCAGGGUGUUUUUAAAGGGCAACUUUCACUUCUAUGGAAUUUACAACAUUGAGUAAAACCAUUAAAAUCGCCUGUGACUUGUGUUAAUGUGCUAACCUUUUAUUCAUGGGGUGCUUUUUAUGUAAAUCAUAUAUUUACCAAAUUCUACCAUAAUCCAGUUCAGACAAGGCAAACAGGGCAAGAAAUGCAAUGAUCUGGAGAACUAAAAACAAUGUUUCAUUUAAUUUUACUGACUACCAGGUUCUUUGCACCGGGUCAGCUUCUGGCAAUAAUUGACAGGGAUCCAAGGUGGAAGCACCCAGUUUCAGUAUAGAGUUUAAAUACAGCAGUGUAGAUUACAGAUGACAAUAAAUUAUAUUAUCUAUAAAUUCACAAAUUUCCCACCGCAUUGAAUCUUAAAUAACAAAGCAUUUCAUUGAUUAAACAGGAGAAUGAGUGUCGGGCUGAGAAUUGAUAUAACCUGGUCUGAGACUUCAUCGUGAAUCCACUGCAGCUGGAUGUAUAUUAUUGCACUUGUCAUGGAGAUCUGCAGCCAGAGAUGGGAUAGUUCUUAGAAGUCAUUUGAGCAGUGCUGUGAUAAAUAGUAUAUUUUAUUAAAACUCUUCCUGCCGUUUAGCUCACAAUUUAAUACUUGUUUUGGUGUUUUUUUGAAGAUAAAAAAAAAAAUUUUAAACUUCUUUUUCCGAUUUUAAUUUAUUUUGUGAAUAGCUGUAAAUAUUAGGGCAAUAAGAUUGUCCUCUAUAAUAAUAAUUUGAUUUGGGUUAUUUCCCCGCCUGUACCUGUAAACGCCAGGAAUCUUUAUCUGGUUCAUGUUCAUUUAUUUAGCUUGGCAGUGUUUGGUUUUGAUUUUUCCUGUAUUCUGUUGGGUAAAGAGUGAUUUGGUUAAGAUUAUUUCAUUUUUAUUAAUUAAAUCUGACCAUUUUAAAUCCUGUU